AUGUGGAGGCUAAAGGUGGGGGAGGGAGUUGGAGAUGCAUGGCUGAGGACGGCCAACAAUCACGUAGGGAGGGAUGUGUGGGAGUUUGAUCCUGAUUUCGGGUCGGAGGAAGAUCGAAAGGCGAUCGAAGAGACGCGGGCAAAUUUCACCAGACAUAGGUUUGAGAAGAAGCACAGCUCCGAUCUCAUCAUGAGAAUGCAGUUUGCAAGAGAAAAUCCAUGUGACUUGUCCAUCCCUCGUGUGUUCGUUAAAGAUGGUGAAGAUCCUUCAGUGGAGGCUGUGACACAGACUUUGCGAAGGGCUCUUCAAUUCUACUCAACUUUACAAGCACAUGAUGGCCAUUGGCCUAGUGAUUUUGCUGGUACAUUGUUUUGUAUGCCUGGAUUGGUAAUUGCUCUAUAUAUUACUGGAGCGUUGCAUAAUGUUCUAUCUUCAGUGCAUAUACAAGAGAUGUGUAACUAUCUAUAUAAUCAUCAGAAUGAAGAUGGAGGCUGGGGAUUUCAUAUCGAAGGUCCUAGUAGGAUGUUCAGUACAGGAUUAAACUAUGUCACUUUAAGAUUGCUUGGGGAGAGACUUGAAGGAAAGGAAUCAUGUCCAUUGGAGAAAGCACGAAAAUGGAUCCUUGAUCGAGGUGGUGUGAUUUUCAUACCAUCAUGGGGAAAGAUGUGGCUUUCGGUGCUUGGAUUAUACGAUUGGUCUGGCAACAACCCAUUGCCCCCUGAGAUAUGGCUUCUUCCUACCUUCCUUCCUAUUCAUCCAGGAAAAUUGUGGUGUCACUGUCGCGUGGUCUACACACCCAUGAGCUACUUGUAUGGAAAUAGAUUUGUUGGGCCUAUCACAGAAACAGUCUUAGAACUGCGGAAAGAGCUUCUUCCUCUACCAUAUGAUCAAGUAGAUUGGAAUAAAGCACGAAGUUUAUGUGCAAAGGAGGAUCAGUACUACCCGAAUCCACUCAUACAAGAUGUUCUUUGGGAAGCACUUCACAAGAUUGUGGAACCAUUCCUAAGGCAUUGGCCUGGGUCUCUCUUAAGAGAGAAGGCUUUACAGACAGUGAUGCAACAUAUACACUAUGAGGAUGAAAACACUCACUAUGUUUGCGUUGGUGCAGUGAACAAGGCCCUAAAUAUGCUUUGUUGUUGGGUUGAAGAUCGAAAUUCAGAAGCAUUUAAGUUGCAUCUUUCAAGAAUACCAGAUUAUUUAUGGGUUGCAGAAGAUGGAAUGAAGAUGAAGAGUACCAAUGGAUGCCAGUUGUGGGAUGCUGCUUUGGCUAUUCAAUCAAUACUAGCAACUGAACUUGUUUCAGAUUGUAAAACGACUCUUAGGAAAGCACAUGACUUCAUAAAAUGUUCACAGGUUCAAGACAAUUGCUUUGGUGACUUUAGCUCAUGGCAUCGCCACACGUCAAAAGGUGCAUGGACUUUAUCAACAGCAGACUGUAGAUGGCAAGUCUCAGAUUGCACUGCCGAAGGACUGAAGGCUGCUCUUUUACUUGCAAAAUUACCAUCAAAUGUGGUAGGAGAACCUCUGGUAGUAGAGAAAUUUUAUGAUGCUGUGGAUUUGAUCCUAUCUCUACAGAAUAAAUGUGGUGGCUUUGCGGCUUAUGAGCUAUCAAGAUCAUAUGCAUGGUUGGAGAUCAUGAAUCCAUCUAAGUUCUUUGCGGCUAUGAUGAUUGAUUAUCCAUUCACAGAAUGUACAUCAUCUGUCAUUCAAGCCUUAGUAGCUUUUAGAAGCGUAUAUCCUGACUAUCGAAAGGAAGAUAUAGAGAUUUGUAUCGCAAAGUCUCUUAGUUUCAUUAAAAAGAUGCAAUUACCUGAUGGAUCAUGGUGA